UAUCAAGUCGCAAAUUUAUUCUAUUUUCAGCCACGAAUGCAAGUUUAUCGUUUUAAUCCGAUUUUGAAUUCAAAUUGAAGAUCGAAAUGUUGCGAACCUGCGCAAUCACAGCGCGCAAGAUAACUAGAUUCUAGUUACAGGAUCAGCAGGGUUAGUGACACCUCAAUAUUGAACAGAUCCGUUGGAUUAUGUCGAUUACCGGAAGAUUAUACCACAAGAAUGAAUGAAAACGAGACAAAUAAAAACCACUCUUUGCAAAAGGUUCUAUUACCUGGGCACGAUCCAGGAUGGAACGAUCCUCCAAAAUGGGCAUACUCCGGCACGCAAAGUUCCACAACGACGCCCACUAAACGAGUAUUGAACAAGAGGGUAGCGUUUCCAUUAUCUUCUCCACAAACUUCCAAUAAAGAGACUCCAGUAUCAAGUCCGUCAACGUCUAUGCCACCAUUGCCACAAUCUUCCAUUAAUUUGACAACAGCGUCGCAUCCUCCUUUGAUACCUCCUUCCAGUGCAGAUGCUGAAAUCAGUACGAGUGCAAUGACUAUUGACAAGGAACGGGCAUUGAACGAAGUAUUAGCGAGUUUACAAACUGCAAUCGAUGAGCAUAUGAGUAAAACUAAAGCUGAGGAAGUGAAAAGAAGAUUAGAUGCGCUAAAAGCUGCAUGGGUGGAAGAUAAAUUAAGUGAUGUUAUAUGUAAGAAUAUUUUAGAUUUGUCGAAAGCGCUACAAGAGGGAAAUGCUGAUAAAGCGGAUCAGAUACAUCUGACACUGAUGAUGCAGCAUGCCAGCCUGUGCAGUCCUUGGAUACCUGGCAUUAGGCACAUCAUUUUAGGAUUAAAGAACAAGCAACAAGAUUCAAAUGCGAUGCAAUCCAAUAACUGACAAUAUCUGUUUUUAUUUAGAAGAAUGUUUUAAAAGUGAUAAUAAGAUGGAAUAACAAUUGUUUUUUAAUUUCUCCAACGAAUGCUUAUAGUAAUAAUAAUAAAUGUAUAUAUUUAUAUUUCA